AUAAAUGAAUGUCAGUUCAUUCCAUCUGUAUGUGGUCCAAAUUCUGAAUGCACAAAUCAGUUGGGAAGUUACAAUUGCUCGUGUCUGGAUGGAUUCACUGCAACAAACUCAAGUCUCCCCAUCAGCGUCAAUAACACAUGUAGAGAUGUAAAUGAAUGUCUCAAGACAUCAGAGUUCUGUGGUCCAAACUCUCAUUGCACCAACUCAGUUGGGAGUUACAACUGUUCCUGCUUGAGUGGAUUUACUGUGACAAAUAGCAGUGAACCAGUCAGCGCCAGUAACCCAUGCAAUCUAAUUGGAAUGUCAAUGACAAUAAAUCAGACUUUUGACAGAAGUCUUACGGACCCUGAUAGCAAGACUUACAAAGAUUUAUCUGGACAAAUUGAGUUAAAAAUUAAUGAAAGUUAUUCUAAUAAGCUAACUGGCUACAUUUUUGGUUCUAUAAAAGUCUCUGGCUUCAGGGCUGGUAGUGUUAUAGCAGACUACACAAUAAGUGCAACAUCCAAUAGCCUUGAUUUUGGAGCAGCAAAUACACAGAUUUCUGACUCUCUUAAGCAAAUAGGAAUUAAACUAGUUGAAAAUGCUUUUGCUCAAAGUGAACAGACAGUUUUCACAAACGAUCAGUUAUAUCCUCUGCAAAGGGUAGACCUGAAAUGUAACCAGCCAGACUCUGCAGAGGGUCAGAUAAAAUGGACAAUGGAUAACAAAGAUCUUGUGGAAAAUGCAAACUAUUUAAUUUCCAGUGACAAGAAAACUCUCACUAUGCUAAACGCUACUGAAAUAUACAGUGGUCGAUAUUCAUGCAUAAUACAAAGGAAUACAAUACCAUACAUUCUGUGGCAAAACAUCAUUAUUAAACAACGUCCCCGUAUCAUUGUUGGGGAAAAUCAACGUGUUUUUCCAUGUGAUGGCAGCAGUUUUCAACUGAAAUGUUCUGUUGAUGUUGGCUACAAUCUUGAGUGGGUUCUGGACGGAACAGUAAAGAUUUCAGGAUCUGACAGUAUCACAUUAAACAAUGCUACUCGGAGUGGAAAUUGUACAGAUCAAACCUUUACAUGUCGUCUCAAGGAUCUGCCACAACUACAGAAUUACAGUUAUAGCUAUAGCAGCGUCACAGUAAAGACAAGCACAGAACCUUUUGACUGUAAAAAUGAAGAACUUGGAAAUGGAAAAACAAAUGACACGAAGACAGGAGUCUGUGGAACUGGCAUGAAAGGCAACAAAACUUACAUAUGUAAACCAAAUGAUUGGACACCAUUAGAGGACAACUGUGUACUUGAAGUUAUCGACAACCUUAAAAACAAACUUGAGUCCUUGCGUCUGGAGGAGAUUCCAGAGUUUAUGGCUAACCUCAGCAUUGCCACAUCAGAGAAUAAUUUUAAUAUAACACAGUCUGCUGCUACUAUCAGAGCAAUUGUUGACAUACUCUUUAAAAUUGCUGACUUGUCACAAACUAUUGUCAUCAAAAAACCAGUGAUGGAGAGUUUCCUAAACACAGUGGACAUUAUUGUAUCAGGUAAUGUCAGUAAUACAUGGAACAAACUGAACAAAGGCAACAACACAGGAGGCACCAGCAUUAAACUUCUGAGCGCUAUUGAGAAUAUAAGUGACCGUCUCACAGAUGAGUUUGAUAUUUAUGAAACAUCCAUUCAGCUGAAUAGAACUACAAUUAAAAACUCAUUCACUUUAACAUCAGCACUGCCAAACUCAACAACGGAGAUUGUGAUACCACUGGUUCCUCAUGAGACUACCAUUACCAUCAUAAUCUUCACAACUCUUGACAAAGUCCUACCUUCUCAAGGUACUAAUGACAGCAGGAAAUCAGAUGUGCGCAUCAAUGGAGAUGUGGUUGUUGUUAAGGUUAAUGAAACUCUUAACAAUAUUUCUUUGACAUUUGACAUUACUGAUCAGUCUUUGGGAAAUCCUCAGUGUGUCUUUUGGAACUUCAAUCUCAACACAUGGGAUUCCACUGGAUGUGAAGUAAAGCGGAACAGCACUGGUAACCUUACAUGUGAAUGUAACCACACAACCUCCUUUUCAAUCCUAAUGUCACCGUUUUCCAUUGAUAACAUAGCCUUAGCCUAUAUAACUUACAUUGGCAUAGCUAUUUCAAUGGCCAGCUUGAUUAUAUGUCUGAUUAUUGAGACUAUUGUAUGGAAGUCAGUAAGGCGAAAUGACACGUCCUACAUGCGGCAUGUCUCCAUAGUCAACAUUGCCGUGUCCCUGCUGAUCGCAAACAUCUGUUUUAUCAUUGGAGCUGCGAUCGCAGAACAAGAACAGCCAACCUCAGUGGGUCGCUGCAGUCCAGUGGUUUUCUUCAUGCACUUUUUUUACUUGGCUCUUUUCUUCUGGAUGUUAAUGUCAGCACUGUUGCUCUUUUACCGUACAGUCAUGGUCUUGUCUCAAAUGUCAAGGACCAAAAUGAUGGUCAUUGCCUUCAUAGCCGGUUAUGGUGCACCUUUGCUCAUAGCGGUUAUUACUGUAGCAUCAACAGCUGGACCUCAAAAUUAUAUUUCCAAACAAAAUGCAUGCUGGCUGAACUGGAACGAAUCAAAGGCCCUGCUGGCAUUUGUGAUUCCAGCUCUCACUAUUGUAGCCAUAAACCUUGUGGUUUUGAUUGUGGUUCUGUACAAGAUGUUGAGGAGAGGAGUUGGUGCUUCUACUCAACCAGAUGAGAAACAUGCCCUGGUGGUCAUUGCCAGAUGUGUGGCCAUUUUGACUCCUAUCUUUGGUCUAACAUGGGGAUUUGGAAUUGGAACCAUGGUGUCACCGGAUUUAGGCAUUCAUGUGGUGUUUGCACUCCUCAAUUCACUGCAGGGAUUCUUUAUUUUGGUGUUUGGAACGCUUCUAGACAGUAAGGUUCGUGAGUCACUACCAGGAAAACAGUUGCUACAGAAACUCAGUUCCAGUCGUACCAAGAGCACCAGUGCUGGAUCAUCAUCUGCAUCUAGACUGCCUUUCUUGCAAAGGAACGGACGGAGACAUGUGUUCAAUGUAUCCGAAACCAACCCUUCCUCGGCAGUUACAUCUUCAGACAGCUCCAGUGGCUCAAUCACUGUUAUGGACACUUAGAGCACCAAAAGUGUUUCUGUUACUACAACAAGCUACAUGUUAGUUCUUUUACUGUACAGCCUCCCACAAAAUGGUAAAAUAUUGUAAGAAUUAGAAUAAUUGUAUGUGCAUGGCUUUUACAUAGGUUGUUUAAAAAGAUUCUUUAUUUUUUGUAGUAAUAUUGUCUAGAGAUGCAGUAGUAUCG